AUGUAUCGUACCUUAGCUAGAAUUCUGGAACCUAUCAGAAAUCAGUUGUCGAGGAAGGCACGACUGGGGAGUGCAACUAAUGGCGGUAACGCAUUCGAACGGAACAGCAUUUCCAAGGAGCAACAGCUGUCUGAAAUUCUAAAGCGUUCACUGCCUGGCAUCACAUAUGUCAGUGUAGAAGACAUAUCUGGAGGUUGUGGUGCUAUGUUUGAGAUUAAUGUAGAAGCCAAAGAAUUCUCUGGCUUAUCUCGAGUCAAGCAGCACCGAUUGGUAACCGAGUCAUUGAAGAGUGAGAUAGCAGAAAUGCAUGGCAUACGUAUUCACACUACAGUACCAGCAGCUGGUAGUAAAUGACAAUGUUUGUAAUACUACCUGUGGUAAUUGUGUUAGGUUCCAGCAAAACGAAACAAGCAUAAUCUUCAGUUGUGCUCACUGGUAGUUUAGACUAUGAAGCAAUGUUGAUUUUUGUUGGAUAUUGUUAUAGUUUUACGAUAAUGAGUUGUUUGACUUUGGUAUAGCCAAGUUAUAAUAAUAAAAUUAUGAAAAAGAUUGUAAUAAAUAGAUACAACAAGAAAUGGAAGUUUUGGUUUCAGUGUUAUUAUAAGAGGGUCAAAGUCUAGGUACCUAAUCAUUUUAAUUAAUUUAGUAAUGUUCAUGCAGCCAGGUUUUAAUUGAAUUGUCUGUGUGUUGGAUUUUUAGUGCAGGCAGGUGCUCGUAGCUAAAUGUAGAUUUGUAUGGAAAAGGAAUAAGGCACACUUCAUCACAACACUCAAUACUUAAAAAUCAAUGUUUUAUAAUCUCACAGCCAAAAUUGAUUUAUUGGGGGCUACUGUAUUUUUGCACACCAAAUGGCACUAGUAUGAAACUUGUUCUUUGUCAAAAAGGAUAAAUAAUUCAUAGUUUAAUUAGAGAGUUAGCAGAUUGGCUAACAUUAGAGAAUUAGCUAGUAUCACACCAUUGGCAGGCCAUUGGAAUGUUGUUAGUACAUCAUAAUUUUUACAUAAUUCGGA